CUUUCUGCCCAAGCAAAUAUCAAAUUAAAAUACUGAGGGGAAGAGAGAGAGAGAGGAAGAGAGAGAGAGAAGAGAGCAGAGCAGUGUGUAUCCAUUCACAGGGAAGAGUCCGCCGACUUCAAUUUCCGCCACCGUCAACGGAGUCGGAAACUUCCUUUUUAUCCAUCUUUAUUCCACCGCCCCCUUUCUUAGAACCGGAGAGAACGGUGCCGUAUCAUCCCCCUUUUCACUAUCCGAUUCAUACUGUUCCGUCUCCUCCUCCUCCUCCUCCACCUCUCCUUCUCUCUCCGCCUUUCUAGUAUUAGGGUUUUUAGCGCCUAAUCGGAACGUCGGCGGAGCAGAAUAGCACUCGUCGUCCGUCCAAAUCGCUCUUCAUCAUCCCCUCUUAUGAUGUAUCAUCGACGGUGUGCAGAGCUAACUCUGGGCUUGUGAGAUAAAUAAGGGAGCUUGCUUGCUUCCAGAGAUAGUGUUGAGUGUUUAUAUAGGAGAGGAGGAACAUGUAUAUGAUCAUCGUUAGUUGCAGUGUUAGGCUUACCCAAAUGGCUCUGAUUGCAUCCUGACUUUCAAACUGGUGGUUGGAGGACAGAGUUGGUGCGUUACUGUAAAUCCAAACCUUUGUUCUUCAGAGUUUUAUUAGUGAUAGAUCUAGUAGCUAGACAUGGAAACCAAGUUCGGAAAGGUGUUGGAUAGAAGAAGCAAGGUUAUGCUCGGCUUAAAGAGAAAGCGUGCAUCCCGCUGUGCGGCUAAUUUUGCCAGAGCUUCGCAAACAGUGUUGGCUGACUGUCCUGCUUUGGAUUGUUCUACUCCUAUGCUGGGAAAACGAAGGAGAGUUAAUGAUCGCUUGGGCAAGCCUACAAGCUGUGGCUUUCCUUGCAAGAAAUCCAUUCUCCAGCGAUAUUCCAAUUUUUCGAGGACUGGAGUGCCGGCACGUCUCAUGUUUUAUCAGAAUGGAGAAUGGACCGACUUUGCAGAAGAUCUUGUCACCUUGGUAAGAAAGGAUCUUCAAAUAAAGAAGGCUGUACUUGAAGUUGAGGUGGAAGGGCGCCAUUAUAUGCUAGAUUUCUUGCAUAUGUUUCAACUUGACUUGAAGACAGGCUCUCAAAUACCAAUUGCUUGGAUCGAUGAAGCAGGUGCCUGCUUCUUUCCAGAAAUUUAUGCUGAUGAUGACGAAUUAAGUAGUGAGGAUUAUGGAAAAAAUCAGUAUGGGCCUCAUGAAAUUAAGCUGCAACUGGAAAUUGACAUAAACAGCGUGGACCAGCAGACUAAGUUGAAGGAGUGUAGCGGGGAGUCGGAUGCUCUUCUCAAGCAUAUCCAAGUUGUUCCCAAACCUGGCAGCGAUCAUUACAUUGUUGAAGUUGAAGAUAGCUGCAACCGGAAGUCUGUUGAAGCUUUCCAAGGAAACCAACAUAUUAAACCACUAUCUGUCCCUAAGCCUCAAUCUUUUGAUGUAAAAUUUGAUUCAGACUCUGUGCAGAAUUUUUUUAUCAGAGGCAUGAAAUGUCCUCAAGGUGCUGAGGUGCUUAAUGUUUUACCGUGUUCGAGCAAUUUGUUACAAGAUCGGUUAGAAAUUUUUGAGAAACAGAUGGAGCUGACCCAGAAGUGCCGUGGUGAUGCAAAUGUUCGAUAUGCUUGGCUUGCUUCUUCCAAAGCAGCAUUGCCUAUGCUUAUGACUUACGGACUGGGACAUUGUCGGCCUUCUGCCACAAAAUUCAGAUAUGCUGUUGGCAUUCAUCUAUCUGCUGCAGAUCAUUGUCACAUCAGUGCCAGUGAUUGUGAUGUUGACGAAAAUGGCACUCGACAUAUCGUAUUUUGUCGCGUGAUAAUGGGAAAUAUGGAGCCUCUUCAGCCAGGGACUCGGCAGUUCCAUCCCAGUAGUGAGGUCUUUGAUAAUGGAGUGGACGAUCUUCAAAAUCCAAGACAGUAUGUAGUUUGGAAUAUGAAUGUGAACACCCACAUUUUCCCGCAAUAUGUUGUUAGUUUCAAGGUCUCUUCCAGUGGUGAAGGUGAUUAGCUAUUUCCUUUCCCCCCCCCCCUUAUUUACACUUGUCUCUGUAUGUUCUUUCUCGCGUGUUGUGGGACCAGCUGCUUUUGUACUCUUGAAGUCUCAUUAAUUCUUUGCUGAUCCAUCAUUGGUCAUUGUGGGUCGUUCUUGGCCUAUGAGCUGAGAUGGUUGCAAGUGACUCAUCAAAGACUUCUGUGCACUCGUCUGGAAUGCCAAGAACUUGGUGUCCAUGGUAUAGAAGGCAGAUUCUGUUGCAUGAUGCGUGGACAACUCUUGGUUGUGGUUUAUUGCAGCCGAGAUCAAAAUCUUCAACCUAUCUGGCCGGUGUCUUCUACAGAUGCUCAGAUAACAAAAACAUUUCCCUUUGAUAAUCUUUUUGUACUUGAAAGUUAGCAUUUUUUGUGUAUCUUCUAUAGGUCUUGCGAAUGGGAGCGAGAGCAAGUAUGCUGCCUCUGGUAUCACCACUGCUACAAAUGCAGUUGAGGGGAAUUUCCUGAUGAGUUCUCAUCAUGUGGAUCUGAAUUUACCUGUACAGUCCCCCGUGGUGGAUCUUAAUUUGGCCCCUGCAUCUGAUCAGGUCAGUGAAAGUAGACCGCUUUCUGACUCUGGGGCAUCUAUUGGACAAGCAAAUAGUCUGGGUUCAAGCAAUGGAAGGAAUCAUAGUUCUCCUUGGAUGCCUUUCCCUAAGCUUUUUGCUGCUGUCUCUACUAAAAUUGCUAGGAGGGACAUGGAACUGGUUAUUAAUCAUUAUGAGGAAUUCCGGGCAAAAAGGACGAGCAGGGAAGACUUUGUUAGACAGUUGAGACUAAUUGUUGGGGACACUUUGCUGAAGACCACAAUAAUGAACCUGAACCGAAACCAGCUCGAUUUGUUCCCUUCGUUGGCAUGUUGCAAUGGUCUGGGAGGUAUUGGGGCCAAGAACUGUGAUUUUAUCGGGAUGAACCAUGGUUAAGCUUAUUGAUUAUGAGUUCAGUUUUGCCAAUUUGGUGGUACUGGAUGAGAUGUGGAUUGGCAGUCAUCGUUGUGCUUUUGUUCAUGUCGACCAUGCAAAGUUUUCGUAGUAAAACCAUUGGCUGGUGAAUCUUGCAGGUGGUAUCCAAGCCAGAGGUUCGAAGCAACUAGGUGAAAGUAGCAGAAGCCAGAAGUGGCUUUUGGUGGUGGCAUCAACAAGCUUAAGCUCUCUCUCUAUAUGUUAUCUCUUCCGCUGUAUGG